UGCUUUAAGCAGUGCGCCCUACCGUCCGACAGGAGGCGUGUCUCCCCUACGGCCGGAGCAGAGCGCAAACCAGAUGCAAGUGUUGGAGAAGGCAGCUCCUCCACUGAAUAAUCAACUUCUUUGUGCUGCUCCUCUUUGUUCCAGAAGUAAAUGGAUUUCUUCGAGCUGUGCCCUGCCUAACAUGGACGCCCCGAUACCUCCACCUCCCCCGCCUUCACCAUCAUCUUCCUCAGCUGAGUCGGAGAGCUGCUUCUUCUUGGCGCAGUGAGCCGGACACGCAGUGCUUUCGCCAAAUGGACGUGGGGAAACCGUUGCCCUGCUCGCCGGUAGUGAUCAUGCCGUGAUCCUGCAGCCGUCUUAAUUGCUUCACGUUAAAGGAGUGAAAGUCUACUAGAGAUCCCGGGAAUAUACCGAUUGAGGGAAUAAAAUCGUGUGUCCACACAAGCACCAUGAAGGUUUCCUCUGUGAUCACACUUAAUGCCAGGAUGAGGAGCACCGCCAGGCUUCUGCUGCUGCUGCUGUGGAACUGUGUGGGAUUUUCUCACGGGAUGCCACACGUCCUGAGAUUCGGGGGGAUAUUCGAGUCCAUUGAAAGCGGGCCAUCUGGUGCUGAAGAGCUUGCCUUUAAAUUUGCUUUAAACACAAUCAACAGGAACAGAACCCUACUGCCAAACACCACGCUGACCUACGACAUCCAAAGGAUAAACAUCUAUGACAGCUUUGAAGCCUCCAGGAAAGCCUGUGACCAACUUUCCUUGGGGGUGGCGGCCAUCUUUGGCCCCUCCCACAGUUCCUCAGCCAAUGCGGUCCAGUCCAUUUGCAAUGCCCUGGGGGUGCCACACAUCCAGACCAAGUGGAAGCACCAGGUGUCAGACAACAGAGAUGUCUUCUACGUCAGUCUGUAUCCAGACUUCUCGUCUCUGAGCCGCGCCAUCCUGGACCUAGUGCACUUCUUCAAGUGGAAGACUGUCACCGUGGUGUAUGAUGAUAGCACUGGCCUGAUUCGUUUGCAAGAGCUUAUAAAAGCUCCAUCUCGUUACAACAUCCGGUUAAAGAUCCGGCAGCUGCCUGCAGAGACCAAGGAUGCCAAACCACUGUUAAAGGAGAUGAAACGGGGGAAGGAGUUCCACAUCAUCUUUGACUGUGGCCAUGAAAUGGCUGCUGGGAUCCUAAAGCAGGCUCUCGCCAUGGGGAUGAUGACAGAGUAUUAUCACUAUAUCUUCACCACACUGGAUCUGUUUGGACUGGAUGUUGAGCCGUACCGAUACAGUGGUGUGAACAUGACUGGCUUCAGGAUCUUGAACACUGAGAACAGCCAGGUCUCAUCAAUCAUUGAGAAGUGGUCUAUGGAACGCCUACAGGCGCCACCCAAACCUGACUCUGGUCUACUGGACGGCUUCAUGACCACGGACGCCGCGCUGAUGUACGAUGCCGUGCACGUGGUGGCCGUGGCUGUGCAGCAGUCUCAGCAGAUCACUGUCAGCUCAUUACAGUGCAACCGACACAAGCCCUGGCGCUUUGGGAACCGCUUCAUGGCCCUCAUCAAAGAGGCCCACUGGGACGGCUUGACCGGGAGGAUUACUUUCAACAAGAGCAAUGGCUUGAGGACAGACUUUGACCUGGAUGUCAUCAGUCUGAAGGAGGAGGGGCUUGAGAAGAUUGGAACCUGGGACCCUUCAAGUGGCCUGAACAUGACAGACAACCAGAAGGGGAGGACGACUAAUGUCUCAGAUUCCUUGUCCAACCGGUCACUGAUUGUCUCCACCAUACUGGAGGAGCCGUAUGUGAUGUUCAAGAAGUCUGACAAGCCGCUGUAUGGCAAUGAUCGCUUUGAAGGCUACUGCGUAGACCUGCUGAGAGAGCUGGCCAGCAUACUGGGCUUCACCUACGAGGUCCGCCUGGUGGAAGAUGGUCGGUACGGAGCCCAAGAUGACAGCACAGGACAGUGGAAUGGCAUGGUCAAGGAGCUGAUGGACCACAGAGCUGAUCUUGCAGUGGCUCCCCUUGCCAUCACAUACGUCCGCGAGAAGGUUAUUGACUUCUCCAAGCCUUUCAUGACGCUGGGUAUAAGUAUACUGUACCGCAAGCCCAACGGGACCAACCCUGGAGUCUUCUCCUUCCUCAACCCUCUCUCGCCUGAUAUCUGGAUGUAUAUUCUGCUGGCUUACUUGGGUGUCAGUUGUGUGCUGUUUGUCAUAGCCAGGUUUAGUCCCUACGAGUGGUAUAACCCCCACCCUUGCAACCCUGACUCGGAUGUAGUGGAAAACAAUUUCACCCUGCUAAAUAGUUUCUGGUUCGGAGUUGGAGCUCUCAUGCAGCAAGGAUCUGAGCUCAUGCCGAAAGCCCUCUCUACCAGAAUAGUAGGAGGAAUCUGGUGGUUUUUUACCCUCAUCAUCAUUUCCUCCUACACGGCAAACCUGGCAGCCUUCCUCACCGUGGAGAGGAUGGAGUCACCCAUCGACUCAGCGGAUGACCUGGCCAAGCAGACAAAGAUAGAGUAUGGUGUGGUCGAGGAUGGAGCUACCAUGACCUUUUUUAAGAAAACCAAGAUCUCCACAUAUGAUAAGAUGUGGGAGUUCAUGAGCAGCCGUAGGCACUCUGUGAUGGUGAAGAACAUUGAGGAAGGCAUCCAUCGUGUUCUCACCUCAGACUACGCUUUCCUCAUGGAGUCCACAACCAUCGAGUUUGCCACACAACGUAACUGCAACCUCACCCAGAUUGGAGGCCUCAUCGACUCCAGAGCGUAUGGAGUUGGCACCCCAAUGGGUUCUCCAUACAGAGACAAGAUUACAAUUGCCAUUCUGCAGCUUCAGGAGGAAGGGAAGCUGCACAUGAUGAAGGAGAAGUGGUGGCGGGGAAACGGCUGUCCAGAGGAGGACAGUAAGGAGGCCAGCGCCCUCGGGGUGCAAAACAUUGGCGGGAUCUUCAUCGUACUGGCUGCUGGACUUGUCCUUUCUGUGUUUGUGGCUGUGGGAGAGUUUCUCUACAAGUCCAAACAGAGUGCACAACUUGAAAAGCAGAGGUCCUUCUGCAGUGCCAUGGUGGACGAGCUGCGGGUUUCCCUCAAGUGCCAGCGCCGGCUCAAACACAAGCCCCAGCCACCUGUCAUGGUGAAAACUGAGGAGGUCAUCAACAUGCAUACCUUCAGUGAUCGCAGACUGCCAGGGAAAGAGACCAUGGCUUAAAAUAGGAACUCCUCACUCAUUUUCUGUCUCUCUCUUCUGCAGUGUGUUGAGAUGCUCGGGGAAAAGGAAGGAGGGAUCAGAAAGGGGAUUGGAUUGCUGUGGUUGACAGUUGUGGGAGUUAUUUCAAAGGCAGAGCAUAGGGAGUAUAUCGACAAACUGUCAUUCGUGUUUGUUAUAAUUAGCUAGGGAUAAGAGAUUCAACAAUAUUUCCUGUGGAAAUAACUUGAACCUGGGUGAAAUUUCAGCGAGUUACCUCAUUACUCUUACCACCUUGGCAAGCCACAAACUACAAUAUAAGGUGCAGGAUUUUCAAAUAAGACCAACCCAGGAGUUGAAAGGAUACAGUUUAAAAUCAGUUUACAGAGGAAUGAAGGUAGUCACUCAUAGAGUGAAGGGGGGAGGCAAAAAAAAAAAACGGACCUAUCAUCUAGCUGCUGCUGGUCCAGCCCUACAGAGGCUGGGCAAGGAGCACAUCAACUACAACACACUGAAAGAUUUUGAAUGAACAUGAAGACAUGGUUGAAUUGUUUAUUUUUGCCAUAUGUGCAAAGACCAGAUGGGCUUUUGAAUAACGGGCAGUCGCACUGGCAUUCUCAUGAACACACACUUCUUCUACGGUUUGUGUAGUGGCUCUAUCUGACAGGACAGAUUGUGGGUAGCAACAAAUCAUAACCUCACUAACUGUGUAUUGGCUUAUGUUACUUUAGAAACAGAAUCUGUUAUUUGCAGUACCUGAUCACCAAGCUCAUUUGUGAGGUAGCAACAUGCUACCUAAACUUGCUGGCUUGGAGCUCCUGUACCACCCGAGCUAGGCUAACUUGGUGACAAGAUACAGCACGUAUUUUGACCCACUUGUUGGGCUGAUGAUGAUAUGUUUUUUUGUUUUAUUUUCCCUGUAGAAUGGGAUUUUUCUGAACACUGGUUUGUGUGAAACAGUUUGUGGAUAAUAGCUGCCUCCAUGUUGAACACUGUUUCCCUCCAUUUUAGGGUUCAGCAGUAUCCAGGUGGCCAUAUUUUUGACUGGCGCAUAUUUGCAGGUUAGAAAUCAUCAAAACUGAACUGAAAAGUUGUGCACUGAUUUUUCUCACUGGGAAAAUGUUGAAUUUGCCUCCACAUGGAUUAAUUUCCCACAACAGGUGAAUGGAAGGAAUUCAGUGUGACUGCCGUCAGUGAAACCCAAAGCUCAGAAGGUGAUGUGAACUCCUAAAAUGUAUAGCGAGGCAUUGUUUAGUUAUAUAUGAUAUUGAUCCACAUCAAAUCGAUAUACUGUAUAUCAUCCAUCAGGCAAUAAGUGAUCUCAUUUGUUUGUGUUUAAAAGUACUAACACCUUUAGUCUUUAAUGUAGGGGGUGUUUUUAGAGGCAGUUUUCAUGGUAAAUACAGCGAAAGCAGCGAUGGGGCAACAUAGUGAGCUGUUGAUGUCUGUGUAGUCACGUAAACAGGAUUCUGUGGAAGCACACACCCUCAGUGUCAAUGUGGAAAAAAUGUUGAAACAGUAUGGGCAUGGCUCACCACGUCUAAAUUCACAGCAAUCACGCACCACACAAACUAUUUAUUCGAAAGUAUUUAUUGUUUUAUUUAUGAAUUUCCUUAUUUAUACGACAAAGGACUGGAUUUUCACUCAUGCAGUAAAUAGACCGCAUCCCCAGCGUGAUAUGAGUACACAGUUUCUAUGUUCAUUCUGCUCAGUGUCAGCGUCUCAUUUCAUUUUGUACUCCUGUGGCUUUUUUUCUUUAGCAGUAAAGCUCCACAUUUACUUGUGCGAAUGCAAUUUCUAUGAAAAAGUGUUUUGUACAAAGAGAAUCAAAAUUUUGUAAUAAUUUUUAUCAACAC